GUUACAACCAGACUCAGUCCAACUCUGUCACUUGUGUGGUACAGAUUGACGCGUGCUUAUAUUGUAAAUUUCCGUGUUCAAAAUUGUAUGAACGACCUUACUUUCCGUGGUGAAUUUGUAGUUUAAGUGCAGGAAAUUACAGAAAAAUGGAUAACUCAUCCAUCAGUGAAAUAGAUCAAACAGCAUUGUUGGUAUCCCAUCUGGCACAGAUGUGCAUGGACGCUGACAAUGCGGACGUCACCUUUAUCGUGAAGGGCGAGCAUCUACCAGCGCAUCGGAACAUCCUAGCGGCAAGGAGCGAAUAUUUCCGGGCACUUUUAUAUGGUGGACUGAAGGAGUCUAAGCAGAACGAAAUUGCACUCGAUGUUCCGGUAGAAGCAUUCAAGUUUUUGAUGAAAUAUAUCUACACCGGCCGUUUGCCGUUAAAGAAGAUGAAGAACACCGACAUUCUAGAUAUACUUGAAUUAGCUCAUCAGUAUGGGUUUAUCGACCUGCAGACGGCUAUUUCGGAUUACCUUUGCAAAGAUAUUUGCAUGGACAAUGUGUGCUAUAUAUCAAGAACUGCUUGUUUAUUAGACCUUAACAGCUUAUCCACUGCAUGCUACACGUUUAUGGACGAGAAUGCGAGCAGUGUCUUGAAGUCGGAUAUGUUCCGUAGCAUAUCCUAUGAGGCCCUGUUCGGUUUAUUAAAGCGGACGACUUUUUUCGCUGAUGAAGUCGAAAUCUUCAAAGCUGUUCAUGAUUGGUGCCGAUUCAAUGAAGCAAAAUCAGAUAAAGCUGAGAAGCUCUAUAAUCAGGUACGGUUUAUGCUGAUGUCUCAGCAUGACCUUUUGAAUGUGGUGCGGAGUGCAAAUGUCCUGGAUCCGAAUCGUCUGUUGGAUAUAAUUGCUGAGAAAGAGAAGUCAUCGGAAUUGCCUCAUCGUGCUACAUCCUUGGCGGAGCUGACUAUAGCCAAUGAUAAGAUUAAGUGGUCCCCAACAUUUUCAAAUAUGUUGAGCCUGAAUGGUGAAAUCGAUUUGGGUAAACAUAUCAUGGUCAACUGUAUUCGAGUGGAAAAGUCAAAUGGUUGGUAUAAGUCAAUUGAUCGGACAUACGUCGUAGAAGUUUCAGUCGAUAACCAGCGUUGGAGUAAAGGUGUUACAUGUACAGCAUCCACUGCUAAUGUGACCGUAACGCAUUUUCCGGCUGGUGUUGCUCGUUACAUUCGUGUUUCGCAAGUGCAAGAAACGUAUGAAAUUAGCGUUAUUAAAGCCAUGUGCCAAAAACUCAAAUGUACCUGCCCGACCGGUGAAAAAAAGCACUAAGUGGUAAAGAGUAGACCGCCAUUAUUUUAGGAGACAGUUCUGAUAGUUAAAGAUGCUAAUGAAAAAUAGGUUCAGCGUACUUUACACAAUUAACUCCUUUUAAAAUGACACGUGUUUUAGACGGCCUUUGGCUAACCCAUCCGCUCAUCUGGCAAAUAAUAACUUUGCAAAAACUAGUCAUGUGUGAUGAAAUGCGAGAAAAAAUAAUGGUUCCUGCUAACAUUUUGAUUUUUUUGGCCCUUCGACUAGCAAUUGAAAAUCAAUGUUUUGAAAUGUGGAAAUACAAGAACUUACUAUCGAUGGACUGGUUAUUGAA